ACCUUUGAAGAAAAGAUUCUUCAGGACCUCUCGUCAAGCUUAAGACAGAGACAAACGAAAACCAGUAGCUCGACGCAGACCCUCGACUCGCCGACCUGCGCUCCUCCAUUCCGAGAGAAGAGAGAAGAGAACGGCACAGCGAGUCAACCAGACUUGUGAGCAGGCAUGGCGUGUUCGAUGAGGAGUCUCGCGUUCGUACUCGUGCUGGCCUUUUCAACCGUGGUAGCAGAGAGCAGACAUGCAUCUUGGGGGAGCACAGACCCGUAUGCCUGCAUAUUGAAAAAGGAAAGCAUGCCCCAAGUAAGCAGGGGAGAAGGAUCAACUGUGGCUAAUGAAAAGCUGUGUCAACUAUGCCAGCAAUACUCAACCGAAGCACUAUUCUACCUCCAACAGAACGAGACCAAGGCCGAGAUUCUUGGCGUCCUUAACCACGCAUGUGCAAAUUUGGGCCCUCUAAGACAACAGUGCAUCACGCUGGUCGACUACUACAUCCCAAUUCUCUUGUUGGAGGUCUCCGUGGUUAAACCUGAGCAGUUCUGUGAGUCGGCGCACCUAUGCCCGAAGGGGCCAGCGAUGCGGGUUUCCGCUAGAGGGGAGGCCUGUGGUCUAUGCCACCAAGCUCUUGUCGAAGUUCUGACCAUGCUAAAAGAUCCCAACGCAAAGCUGGAGAUAGUUAAGCUUCUUCUCAAAACAUGCAGCAAGUCGGAGCAAUAUGCACCGCUGUGCAAGAGGCUGGUGCUUGAAUAUACCCCACUAGUUCUGGUGAAACUCCAGAAGUACCUUGAGACAACAGAUGUCUGCUACGCAAUACAUGCGUGUAAAACAGGCACGCCGGCAACGAUGGAAACCGCUCUUCUAUCUGCGGCUUUGUGAAGAUGUGAAUACAAUGCAAAUCAACAGCAAAUGCUUCAAAAUCGAACCAGAUUAUAAUAAUUGAAGGUGAAAUGUAUAUGCAAGCUUUCUCCCCUAUGGCCAAACUGCCCAGUUACUAGUUAUGAAGGUUUGGCUUGGGCAGAAGUUGUAUUUGUACAUUUGGAGCCCUACUCUCUAAAUUCUGAAUUAUGCAGCAAGCCAUCAACUAUACUGUACCAUUCACUUCCCAACAUACAAGCCCCUCAGAGCAGCAUACAUCUACGACAGAAGAUAUUAAACACUUGUAAUUAUCUCGUUGUAUCAACUACUAUUUGCCCAAUCAUGAUGGUUCUAUUAACCAUUUUUAUGGGGAAGAAAAUAAAUCCUGAAUUACAGGUUAUGGAAGAAAUUACUGAGUUCUGUUUCAGAAAAAUUGAAACAUGAGAUAUCCA